ACGUACGCAUGCGCAGUACAGUAGUGGCUUAUCGGCAGCGCCCGCGGUAUCUUGGCAGUUUGUUGGGCGGGCUUGACGACUUUGAAGCGUUUGUUGAUGGCGAACGAGCGCCUCCGAGCUCUGGAGGAGGUGGAGAAGGAGAUCGCCGUGGUGCUGCAGUGUGCCGGCAACAUCCUGAUGGAACUUUCCAAAGACAAACACAACGCCAGCCUGCUGGACAGACAGCUGCUCCAGUUCCAGAGCUCGGUCAACCGAGUGGAGGGCGAGCUGAGCGGCCAAAUCCGCUACCUGACGCAGGUUGCCACUGGCCAACCUCACGAGGGGUCCACCUACUCAUCCAGGAAGGACUGCCAGAUGGCACUCAACAGAGCGGAGUACGCCAAAGUCAAACUGGGAGAACUGGGACGAACCUGCGAGCUGAUGUUGGAGCAGCCGCCGCCGCCAUCGCAGCUAACGUGAAGAGAGGACCGCUUGUUUUCUUCCUCUUUAUUCAGACAAACGCUUGAAUGAGACAACUGGCACCGCCAAUGCUUUUGGACUGCACAAAGAGUCCGGUUACGAAUUGGAAUGCAUCGAUGUUCUCUGCUCAGCCAUUAAAACAAACCUCUCGAUGCGGCA